AUGUUUCUUACUCAACCCCGUCCGCUCUCCGGCUCUCCGGCUCCCCACCUGAACUCCCUCUUGCACUCUGGAACUGCUCGUUACUGGUUCGACCCCAAAUCGAACGGUGUUCUCAUUGCGGAGCUUCCCCCGACCUCCACGGCCGUUCUGGUUCUGGCCAACAUUGUUCCGGGCGAAACUGCGCUGAGUUUGGCUGAGAUUCGCGAUCAGUACAUUGCGUAAGUCCGCUCGAGCUCAUCAAUAGGAUCCAUAACGACAUUACAGGCAAGAACGAGACGCUUUCAAUUCGGAAUACCGCUCGGAUGGAGGAGCUUAUAACACAAACGUUAAAAGGAAGGAGAGGGGAGAGUACUACGAGAAGCAAAAGCCGGGGAAUGUUCUGGGGAAACUGCACUAUCGAGUGGAGACUGGAAGUCCGAGUUCGCCGCCAAUUUGUCAGUUGGAAAGAGGGGGAGGAGCACUGAGACAACCGUAUUGGAUCCCAGUUUUCACUCCGGACAGAUUCACGUACUCAGUUAGUCAUUUGUAUGAAUUCAAAUUUACAAUCGACUGUUUCAGACGGUGAUCGCUACGAACUACGCAACUCAAGGUCUCAUGCACUCUUUGAUCCGACAUGGACACGAGUUCUACCAAAACGGACUGAACAGAGAUAUCCUUCAAGUUCUGCCAUCCGGAAUGACUAACAUCGUGAAAUCGUUGCGAAAUAUGAAUUCGAACGACAUGAAUACGGCCUUCACAAGCAGAAUGUUGCAAAUGGAAGAGAACGAAUUCAAAUGUGAGAAGCUGUUUUUGUUUUGAAACCAACCAAGAUCACCUUGUUUCAGUGCUUCAUCAACUGCAGCUGGAAGCGCACAAUUUGAUUCAGAAGUACGUGAGCACCGGUAGUUAUCUCGGGGAGUGCGUGAACACGAACGGACAGCUUCAAGUGUUCUGGAAAGUGACUUCGAGCACAGCGAUGGUACUUGCUCUGUCGGAACAGCUGUAUCAGGGACAGGAGAGGUGCGAUUCGAGAGGGAAGAAGCGACCAAUCAAGAAGAUAAUCACUGUGUUCUUCAAAGAAAUGAAAGACUUCGAUGGGAAGAAGGCUGGCAAUUGGCCAGUUACCAGGAACCAAAUGUGAUUUCUGCCUGAAGGUCUCCUCACCCCAUCUGAUAUUUCAAUGACCAAUGAUUUUCAAUGCUUCUCGUCAGUUGCCAAAGGCAUUUCCCUCAAACCCUUUCCAGGAAGUCGCACAAAUGGGUGCAAAGACGCUCUAUGGGACAAGCGUGAACUUUGAGCUGCGUGGUAUUUUUUAAGACGGAGUUUUUUGUUCUGGUUUUGGUUAAGAAAAGCUUUGGUACGUUUACUGGCGAGAGACACUCUUUUUGGUGUUCUUUCUGUACUUUUCUUCGUUGAUUCGUUUCUUUCGUUGCUCCUCAAGCAAUAAACCUUUGUUUGAUAAUCUUUCGCGUUGUUUCUUGUGUUUUCUUGUAUUGGACCCACUACCCCUUAUCGUAAGCGGGCAACUCGUUAACACAAACAACAACGUUGUGUUAGGUUCUUUAGGCAAGCGGUAUAAAGGUUCCAGACUGCACAAGUUCUAGUUUGAUUCAAUUACUGUACACCACUGCUCUCUCCCAGGGCGUUUCCCCGUUUUCCCAUUCAAUCGCCGACUCAUUCCCAUGAUUCAUUUCUGUGAACAGAAGUGACUAUUUGUCUCGCCUUCUCAAUAAAUAUGCGCUUGUUUUGGUUUCUUUUAUUUAUCUUUUCAGAAAAAAGCUCGCGCUAAUUGUUAACCUUCAGACUCCGCCCCUUUUCGGAACAAGUGAUAAGGACCUCAGGUAACGGAUCUCCGAUCGAUACGUUAUCACUAUUCUUUUCGUUUCUCGAACACAACACCCGUCACUGACCUCGUCGGCAUAUCCGUUUUUGUUUCAUUUCUUCUCCUUUCUAAGUUUCGUACCUUUUCUUCUCACCUUUUUCCUUCAGACGCGAUGGUGCCGAGGAUAGUUCUUCUUGCGGUUACCGUAAUCCUUCCCUUAGCACUUUGCCAGAACCUCCUCGAAAUAUACAAAGCAAUGAUAGCCGAUCAAUCUGCGAGAGCAAAGAGCCCUCCGAUCGAUAUUGAGUUCUUCGGAGAGAGUCUCUGUCCGGACACUACCAGGUCGAAAACGGUAUGCUCAAUGGAUUCUGUUACUUGGAUUUUGCAGGUACUUCCGAAACCAUAUCAUGCCGGUUUGGACGGCUUUGCAAGCCUCCACACUCGUUAAUAUCACAUAUCAUCCCUUCGGAUUGGCGGAUUGCAAACGUGGAGAAACGGGAAUUAGGUGAGUAGGAAACUGACUUUUCCACAGUAAUCCUUCAGGUGUCAAUGCCAGCACGGUCCGGCCGAAUGUCAGCUGAACAUGCUCCAAACCUGUGUCAUCAGCGCCCUUCAGAUCCCCCAGCUUUACCUUCCGAUUGGUAAGAAAUAGAACGGUCGGACGGUAUUCAAGGCGUGCUUUUAGUGAGUUGCAUGCAGCAGCAACGCAAGUUUUCCUCGGCCAUCGAUGAAUGCAUCGUCAACUUCCGACCGAGACCGGAUCUCGAUGAGAACUUGUGAGUCAUCGAUGCUUUUCUUUUCAAACAAAUCGUCUAAUUCCAGCAUGGCCAGAUGUGCUCAGAGCCAGCUGGGAGCCAAGCUCAUGAUGCAGCACGGCUUCCGACAAAGGGAAGUAGCUUCCGAACUCGACUGGGUUCCGUGGAUUCUCAUCAACGGACGGAGAUCGCAAGCGGCCGAGAACCAGCUGAAAACGAUUGUUUGCUCGUUCCCAGAGCCGUCGCGUUACGAAUUUUGCAAAACGCCGGAAGAACUCAUUUUCUAG